CACAUACGAUACAAAUAUGUAUUAAUCUUAUUUAUAUUCAAAGGCGAAAUGCAGGUAGCAAACUUCAAGCAGGUUAACUGAUAUUGGAUAUUAUCAGGAUUCGUGAUAUUAUCUCUGGAUAUUAUCAUCUUAUAUCAUCAAGCUCCAGAAAUAAGUUCCAACAUACUAUCAAACAAUCAAACUAACCACAAAACAAAAAGAAUUUUUUGAACUGUCAGUGUCAAUUUUGAAUGCUUUCGUUGAUUUCUACAGAAAACAGAAUAUCUUUUUAUCCAUGAAUUUCUGAUUAAGAUAUCCCAAUCCCAUAAUCGAUUGUUGUUAUUCAUUUCCCUUAGUUACCUCCUACUUUGGGCGAAAUACUGUGUCUUCAUUACAUCAAAAGGGUAUGCUUGAAUUGAGAAAUGGAUAUAAGGACGCAAAAAUUGGAACAACAGCGCCAGAUUAUGGAGCAAAAAAUGAAGCAAAAAAGAAUGACAUCAGGCAUGAUUCAAGCCUCAGAUGUUCGACUUCCUUCUGCCAAGUUGAGGACAGCUAGUAGUACUAGGAGAGAUCUACACGGUUAUGAUGGACCUCUUCAAUACACUAUGGUGAAGGAAAAUGGGAAUCCAGAUCAAGUUAUGUCAAUUAUGCAUGAUAUUAAUGAAACGCUAGUACAAGAUCUACAAAAUAAAAAUACUAGCGACUUACUAGAUAUUGAAGAUGAGGAAUCGUCACCAAUUUCAGCGACUGCUCCUUUAAGUAAUGGUAAUAAUUUGUCUGAUCCUAGAAGAGAUCUAGAUCCAUUUAUAGAAGGACAUAUUAAUAUGGGAAAUGAACUAGACGGUGAUAUACAUGGGAAUAUAGAAAAAUUUGUUACACAACCAGCUCAACAAAAAGUACUUUACAAAUGUAGAAUCACGAGAGAUAGAAAAGGAAUGGAUAGAGGAUUCUUUCCAACAUACUUUUUGCAUUUGGAAAAAGAUCAUGGGAAAAAAGUAUUUUUACUUGCUGCUAGGAAAAGGAAAAAAAGUGCAACAAGUAAUUAUUUAAUAUCAACAGACCCAACUGAUUUAUCUAGAAAUGCAGAAUCUUAUGUUGGAAAACUAAGGUCUAAUCUGCUUGGAACUCAAUUCACAAUUUUUGAUAACGGUGUUUCUCCAAGAAAAGCUAACAUUAAAGAAGGGAUUCUGCCAAGACAAGAACUUGCAGCUGUAGCUUAUGAUACAAACGUACUAGGUUUUAAAGGUCCCCGUAAAAUGACUAUAAUCAUACCAGGAAUGACCAUAGAACAACAAAGAGUUAAUAUUUAUCCACAGGAUGAGAGUGAGGGAUUGAUUGAAUCUUGGAAAGCAAAGAAUUUAGAUAAUUUAAUUGAAUUGCAUAACAAAACUCCAAUAUGGAACGAGGAUACUCAAAGUUAUGUUCUUAAUUUUCUUGGGAGAGUUACACAAGCUUCUGUAAAAAAUUUUCAAGUUGUUCAUGAUAGCGAUGCUGAAUAUGUUGUUAUGCAAUUUGGCCGUGUGGCCGAGGAUGUUUUCACAAUGGAUUAUAGGUAUCCUUUAUGUGCUCUUCAAGCAUUCGGUAUAGCACUCAGUAGUUUUGAUAAUAAACUUGCUUGUGAAUGAUUUGGGCCUUAUAUUAACUCAAUGUGCCUAGAAUAACUGUGUCUUUCAAAAGAAAUUAUUGCAUUUUCAAGUAUUCCGUUCUCUUGUUUGUGGUAUAAUCACUAUAUUUGUUAAUGACUUAAAUUUACAAAUGUUAAAUCGACGAAAUUUGCCUUUUUAUAAUUAUAUAAGAUUAUAUAUAAUCAUAAUUUUAUUGUAUUUAAGUUAUUUAUUUUUUUUUGAAGAAAACAUUAGUAAGAAUUUUGAUAUUGAUCUGAGUUUUAUGAAUAAUCUAUUCAAGUGACCUUACAAGCAGGUACUCGUGCUAUAUGUACACCAUCUAAAUUAAGUUUAUUCCUCGGUUUGUUUCUUCUAAUUAACUCUCUUUUAAGUUGAUGUUCCUUAAAUUAUGACAAAUAAAAAAGUGAUUUUCAAGAAAAUGUACAAAUUUUCACAAUGAUAUUUCUUAUGAGUAUUUGCAAUCUAGUCGUUUUAUUAUUGCAUAGUUAUUAAAUAGCUAUAUUACUUAAGUGUACUUAAUUUAUUUCUAUAUAAGUAUUACCCAGUUUAAGAAUACUGUUUUGAAUAGCUAAUAGAUCUUCUCAACAUUACAAAAUAAUUUUUCAUUAUCAUAAUAAUAAUUAUUAUUAUUGUUAUUUUUCAUCUGAAAUUUACAUGAAAGGUCAUCAAAACUAAAGUGAAUUGACAAAAAAAAUAAAUGUUACCAAUGAAUUGAAUUUGUGUAUAAUAUUUACUUAUACUUUCAGAUCUUUUAAGUCAUAAUCAGCAUUAGGUCAUGAUCGACUUCCAUGAAUAUUGUUUUACUUGUAGCUCAUUGUUUAUUUCAUGUGUUAGUAUAUUUAGCUCAAAUAUAUUUGUUAGGUCUGCACCAGCUUAAAAACUGAAUUUUAUGCCAGAUUCAAAUCUCAAUUUAUAGUGUUAAUUUGUUACUAUACAUAUAAAAUUUGACUUCUUU